CUUCCCGCUCUGCUUUUGCAGGAACAGGGUGCUGGUGUGCCCCAUGAAGUCAGCACCAGUGAUGCUCACGCUGUCAGACUCCAAACACGUGGUUCUGCCCGUGGAUGAUGACUCUGAUCUCAACGUGGUGGCCUCCUUUGACAGGAGAGGGGAAUACAUUUACACUGGGAAUGCAAAGGGCAAGAUCUUGGUCUUAAAAACAGACACUCAGGAUCUUGUUGCUUCCUUCAGAGUGACCACUGGGACCAGCAACACCACAGCGAUCAAAUCCAUCGAGUUCGCCCGGAAGGGCAGCUGCUUCCUGAUUAACACAGCCGACCGGAUCAUCCGGGUGUACGACGGCCGGGAGAUCCUGACGUGUGGGAGGGACGGGGAGCCCGAGCCCAU